AUGGCUGGGACCAUGCAAUUCCUGGCUUGGCUAAUAGUAGCCAUUUGCCUUCUCCCUGGGGUGACUACAACCCAGCACCAUCCAGGGCAGCCCAUGGACAGCGCCAGCGUGGGAGGUGGCCUGCAGGAGCCAGAGGCCCCGGAAGUGAUGUUUGAGCUACUCUGGGCUGGGCUGGAGCUGGAUGUCAUGGGGCAGCUGCACAUCCAGGAUGAGGAACUGGCAUCCACACGCCCAGGCCGCCGACUCAGGCUCCUCCUGCAGCACCACGUGCCCGGUGACUUGGAGGGUGCUAAGCAGCGGCUGCAGCAGUUCCAGGAUCUGCGGAAAGGGCCUCCUCUUAGCCCUUGGGACUUUGAACAUCUGCUUCUCACAGGCUUGUCCUGUGUCUACCGGCUCCACGAGGCUAGUGAGGCUGAGGAGAGGGGUCGCUGGGCCCAGGUCUUCGCCCUGCUAGCACAGGAAACACUCUGGGACCUGUGCAAGGGCUUCUGCCCCCAGGGGAAGCCCCCAUCUUUGGGGCCCUGGGCCUUGAUCCUUGACCUCUUUCCCUGACCCUCCCCUUUCAUCUACCAACCCACCACUGCCCCCCAACCCGUGGCCCAAGCCAGACCCAUCCUGGGCAGUGGCUUCCAUCUGGCACGUGGUCCUUCCCACUGUGUUCAGGUCUCUGGGCUUAGAUUGUACCCUGGAACCCAGUUUACCCCUUCCCCAUUUUCUUCCCUGAGCCCUGGGAGGCUAAAAACCUGGGUCUCAGGCAUCAGGCACAGAGCUAAAAGCAGGACUUGCAGGUGUGUGUUGGAGGUCAGGGUUGAGAAGUAUGUUCAAGAGAUGCUGAAAAGAAAGCUGCCCCAAGGAAGGCCAAGUCAGAUGCUCCAACUCCUACCCUGGCAGUCUGUGACAAGUCUUGCAGAAUCUAUGGGGACCUUGUGAAUGCGCACCACCCAGUCCUAACUUACAUACCCCUUUUAAAUCCCAACCAGUGCUCUGGAGUCCCUGUGCCCCAUGUUCCCCGUCUAGUCUAGAAUAGACUGGACAUUUUUAGUUUGGUCUGUUGGAGGAGUGGAGGUAAGCAGGUGGAAGCACGUUACCUUUC